AUGGAACUAGACGUACUAGUCAACUUACAAUCAGACAACACAUAUAGACUAGUGGAACUAUCACCAGAAUUACAAUCUUUAUUAGAAGAAAAUAAUGAAUCAUUAUACAUCAAAGCAUCAACUGAAGAAAAUGAUAUAGUAUUAUGUUCUGAAACUCAAACAUUCCAAUUAAAACAAAGAAAUCAUUCAAAUACAGUAUUAUUAAUGAAAUACUUGGGGCUGGGGGAUAAUACAUUACAAAGUUAUUCAUUACAAUCAAAUGUUUUUGAAAUUAAACCAAUAAAGGGAACAAUUAGUCCCAUUAAUAUACCAAUUUAUGAUGGUCAAGGAAAUUUCAUUAAAAAUGGUAAUAAUAUAACUGUACAGUAUUUAAAAGAUAAUUCUCCCAUAUCAACAAAUGAAUUUGAUAAAGUUUGGUUUGAAUUAAAUGGUUCUCAAUUAAACGAUAGAGCAAUAAUUUUAUCAAGAGAUUUUAUAAAUAAAUCUUUACAUUUAUUAAUAAUGUCUAUAAUGGCUGCUAAUUUAGAUAUUAAUGAAUUAUCAUUAAUUGAAGUUUAUAAAACUUUGAGUGAAGAUGAUGAUUAUUCAAUUGAUAUUGUGGAAACUAUCUUGAGAAAAUAUUCAAAUGAAGAUUCAGAACCUUUCAGUUUAAACAAGAUCAAAAUUGCUCAAUGGUAUGGUAUUGAAUCAUUGAAAAAAUUUGCAUCAAAUGAUAAAUUAAUAUCUCCAUCUGAAUUUUUAAUUAAAUGGAAAUCUGAAUUCCCUCCAUUUUUUGAUAUAUCAAUUGAUUUACCUUUAUUAAAAGGUUAUUAUGUUAAACCAUUACCUGAUAGAAUUAAAUAUAUGCCAUGGGAUAAAUUAUCAAAAGAUAUUAAUGAACGAUUAAACACUUUGUUUAAAAAUCAAUCAACUUGGGAAUUAGAUGAUUUAAUUCCAUAUAUUCAAGAAUUUAAUACUAAAAACUUAAAAUUUGAAAAUUUUAUAAUGAAAUUUGCCAAAAAGAAAAAAAUUGGUAAAAAAAUUAUAAUUACAUCAAGAUAG